AUGAAAAGGCUCGAUCAACAAAUAUGGGGAUCCGAAGACGAAGAAGAUAUAGACGAAGAACAAAAUAAGAACGAGGCAAAGGUUGAUCCCUAUCAUGGAAAACAACAAGAACUACCUGAGCCCGAAGACUUUGAAAUGCCCGAUGAUUUAAACUUGGACGGAGAAGAAAAAGACGAUAAGGAUGGAGAAACUGAAACUGAAAAUCCGUUUGAAAUCGACGCUAUGAAAGAAGCUUUACAAGAAGAGCAGAAAGAAAAUGAUGAUGAAGAUAAAGAUAAAGGAAAUAAAAAUGGUCUGGAAGUGUCCAGUGAUGAAGAAGGUGAAGGAAACGAUGCUGAACAGGUAGACUUAUAG